GGUGUUGGGCAGAGAGAGAGGGAGGCCAGUGUGCUUUAGCCUGGGCCAGUCGCAACCUCCCUGUGCACUGAACUGAGGAACUGCAGGAAGGGUGUGUAAAAAUUUAAGGGCAAAUCCACAUCUCUGAUAUAUUUGACCCUACUCUGUCCGUGGAGGCAGAGGUCAGGAGGUUCUAAACCCUCUGAAGAUGUAUGGCCUGUAUCUGGAAGCAGUAAAUGACUACAUUAAUGAGUCCUACGGGGAGGAUGUUUGGAGGCUUAUCGAAGCUCGGGCAGAGAUUCCUCACCUCAAGUUUGUACGGCACCAAAUGUACAAUGACAAUCUUAUCCUUCGUCUGGCUAAAGCAGCUGGAGAGGUUUUGGGAAAGACCCACGAUGAGCUGAUGUAUGCCUUCGGAGUCUAUAUGGUCAAACGAAUAGGAAACUAUGGCUAUGAAAGGAUUCUUAAGGUGCUGGGUCGUAAUGUGCGAGACUUCAUCAAUGAGCUGGAUAACUUGCACGAGUACUUCCGCUUCUCGUUCCCCAAAGUGCAACCGCCCAGCUUCUGUGUGGAAGAAGAAUGUGAGACGAGCCUGACGUUGCAUUAUCGCUCUACCAGAAAGGGUUUUACUCAGUUUGUCAAAGGGCAACUCUCUCAAGUGGGCCGUCAGUUUUACAACACAGACAUUGAGGUGGAGAUCUUGUCUAAAGAGGAAACAGAGAAAAUGACAUAUGUGGUUUACAAGAUGAACUUUGACAAUGCUGCAUUUAAGCACCGCAUGCCCCAGCAGAAAACAGCGCCUGGUUAUGAAAAGCUACCUAUGAAAAGGGGCAUCUUCUUUGACAUGUUCCCCUUUAGCGUGAUCUUUCGUAGAGACAUGACUAUGUACCGCAUCGGAGAUGGCCUGAAGGAAGUGUUCUCGGAUCUGCAAGGCAAAAAGGUCAACGAGGAGUUCACUCUGGUGCGACCCAUGUUAGAGUUUAGCUGGGACAAUAUCUACACUCACCUCAACAAUGUGUUUGAACUGCUGUCAAAGGCAGUUGUAGAGAGCAAGCAGAAGGUCAACAUCCCUAAACUCAGCAAAGAAGAGCCUGAGGAGAAGGAGGAGAGUGAGAAGCCGAAGAAGGAAGAGCGAGACAACAAGGCAAUGGAUGAUAUGAAAGGAGCCGAUCAGGAAUACAGCAGUGCUCUGACCCAGUACAACAGCUCAGCAAACUCUGGAGGAGAAGACAUUGAACUGCUUGCUUUCCAGACUGUCACUGGUAAGUGCAGUGAAACUAUUUUUGAGGACAUGCGAGAACCACCUAAAAAGCCUCUCCAUCUGAAAGGCCAGAUGAAAUACGUGCCUCAAUGGGAUUCACUCAUCUUCCUUGGCACACCCAUUAUUGAGACAGUGGAGGACAUGAUUAAAAUGGGCGUUUAUGUCAAUGACCUUAACCUGCAUGAUUCGAGCAGAGAGCUCAUUCUGGCAGGAACUCAGCAAUCAGCCGAGCUGCAGCUGGCUCUAGACCAGGAGCAACAGAAAUAUGCUCAGCUGCAAGAGAUCAUUAAGAAACUGGACGAGGAGAAGAAGAGAGGCGACUCUCUGCUAUAUGCUAUGAUACCAAAAGCUGUGGCUGACCGACUGCGCAAAGGCAUCACAGCACUAGAGACCUGUCAAGUUUUCCCAGAUGUGACCAUCCUGUUCAGCGAUGUGGUUAAAUUUAAUGAAAUCUGUAUCCACAUCACACCCAUGCAGGUGGUGGACAUGCUCAAUGAGAUCUACAUUGUUUUUGACACCCUCAGUGAGAAACACAAUGUGUAUAAGGUGGAGACCAUAAGAGAUGCAUACAUGGUGGUGGCUGGAGUGCCUAAUAAGACCACAUUUCAUGCUCACCAUAUCUGUGACAUGGCUCUAGACAUGCUGAGUUCCAUUGAUCACCUCAAAGACCCCUCUACUGGGGAUAACAUUCAGAUUCGUGUUGGAAUUCACUCUGGUAUGGUAGUGGCAGGAGUAGUGGGACUGAAAAUGCCACGCUACUGUCUGUUUGGAGACACGGUGAACACUGCCUCUCGUAUGGAGUCCAACGGUGUAGGCAUGCAAAUCCACAUUAGUCAGACCACUAAGGAUCACUUGGAGCAUGAGCCAUAUAUCAUUGAAGAAAGGGGCAAGAUUUUUGUAAAGGGGAAGGGCUACAUGAAGACAUACUGGCUGAAAGGGAAGAAGGACCUGUCCUUUAAAACACCAGCUGAGCUUCGGUACAGCAGCGAGCAGAAAGAUUCUGAAGAUCGAAGCUCUAAUGGUUCGACUUGUACCAAUACCAAGCACUCUAACUCCAACCUAAACAUACCCAACGAGGAGCAGGCAGAGGGGAAGCCCACCCCUACAGACCUGCCCCCUGACACACUCCCACCAUUGGAGGGCACCACAGACUCCACUGUCGCCACUAAUGAGUCUCAGGACAAGGAGAAGGUUAAAAAGACAAAGAACAACAAAGGAGGCAAGGCAGAAAAUGCCUCGGCUAAUUCACAGGAGAGUUCACCCCCUGCUGGUAGCCAGAAGAAUGAAGGCCCAGUGCUCAAUAGCAAAAAGCACAGCUUCAGGAACCAGUACGCACGGCUACCAGCCAACCUGCCCAUGCGCAGUGCAGCCUGCACCCUUCUGUGAGAUGCAAGCAAUCAUUCAUCCUGUAGCUUAAACCAGACUGAACUCCUAAUAGCCCUGCUUCACUGACAGAAACAAAUCUAGAACCAGUUUAAAUCAAGUUCUGAAAUUCUUACAUUAUUAUCAUACAUUAAGGGAAGUGAAUUCCAGGACUUGAUGUUAGUUGGUUCUAUACAGCAGCGGGGGAAGGAAAACUGGCUUUUGGGCAGAUUUAAACUCCCCAAAAGCUAUAGCAGUAUUUUAACCAGACAACUGUUUUCAUGACAUAACUGACACCUGAAAAACAUUCACAUGUAUUACACCCUUUUCCUUUAGAAAACCACAAAAACGUCAGUAUUAAUAAAUGGAAACUGAUAUGAAACCAAGUUUUGAGCUAGUAGAGAGUAGGAGGAACAAAUACAGUAUAUUCAAAUUUAAUGAAAUCAUAAGUGAAUCCACAGGAUACUCAGACCACAAGCUCUGCUGCAUUCAUGUAUUAAAUGUUAAAGAGAGCCAUAUGCUGCUGUUGUCAGGAGAAGAGAGGUGCUUUCUUUUAGUCAAUGUAUCAGACGUUCAGCAUCAUGCUUUUAAGUCUGAUACGCAGGCUUGAUUUCUGGAGCUCUCAUGGUGAAAUGGUGGGCACAUGUCAGUGCCUAAACAACUCAUUUAUGUAUACGCUCGUUGGAUUUCACUGGAUUCAUUUCAUUAGCAUAUGUGUAUGUACAGUUACAUUUUCUUCUCAGAUUCAUUGAUGCCUAUAUGAAUAUAAAAGGUAAUAUAAUAGACCUGGCAUAGUAAACCUGCAUCAAAUCUGUAUUGUAUUUAUUUUGUCUUUGCUUUGUCGCAGGUGGGCGAGUAUGUUGUGAUUGUUUAACUGCUUUUAAGUAAGGAUAUUUAUGGAACAAUGUUGUGUAACUUUUUUUAAUCAAUACAGCAUUUUAUGCCU